CAGGACGCCCAUUCCCAAUUCGCGUACUGUCGACCUGCUCCCAAUUCCACCUUUGACCUUUUCUUCCGUCAUCUGCGCCGGUAUGUCGAAACGAGGUGCAUCGCCUACACCCCAAGGUGCCCUUAUCAAGAGAACGCGCUCUUCGACGCCCCCAACAAAUCAAAUAGCUAUUUCAUCAUCCAACGAUGAACGGCAACAAGCACUCAUUCGUACCGUUCAGCGCACCAGUAGCCUUGAGGCCCCAAUAGUUAAUCUUGCGGGAUCGCAUGGGGCAGAGAUACUGAGCUGUAGGUUCGACCCUACUGGGCAAAACAUUGCGGCAUGUUCAGCAGACAGAAGCGUUUCGUUGUGGCGGACAUACUCGCCAAACAACAACUAUGGCCUCCUGCCUAACCUGCACAAAGCACCUAUCCUUGACCUGCAGUGGUCCCUCUUCUCUUCUGUGAUAUACACAGUUUCCGCAGACCAAACUCUCAAUGUAACAGACCUCACCACAGGUCAACGCCUACGGAAGCUGCGUGCCCACCGCGGCAUCAUCAACUCGCUCGACAGGACACUGGCGGGAGGCGCGGGAGUCGAACUCGUGGCUACUGGCGCGGACGAUGGUACAGUGAGAGUAUGGGAAGGUGGAGAGGAAGGACCAAAAGCACCAGUCAGUGUGUUCGAGAUUGGGUGCCCUGUCACAUCAGUCUGUUGGAGUGCAGAUGGCUCCAGUAUAUUUGCAGGCGCACUCGAUAAUGAAAUCCACGUGUUGGAUAUGCGCAAACAUGAGCAGGUCUACAGCCUGCAAGGACAUACUGAUACACCUACCUCGCUUUCCCUCUCUCCCAACGGCAACUUCUUGCUCUCCCCCUCUUUCUCCUCACAAACCAUUAUUCACGACGUGCGGCCUUUCUCUCCAUCGCCGGCUCGGGUGCAUCGUGUCCUCAUGGGCGCACCAGCCGGCUUCGAAAAUACACUCUUGAGAGGUGCAUGGAGUAAAGAUGACAACGGUCGGCGCGUCGCUGUAGGGGGUGCGGAUCGAACAGUAUGCAUCUGGGAUGUCGAGAGUGGAAAGGUCCUUUACAAGCUUCCCGGCCACAAAGGAACAGUUACGUCGGUUGACUUCCAUCCAAAGGAGCCCAUUAUCUUGACUGGCAGUAAGGACGCAACUAUGCUUCUGGGCGAAAUCGAGCCUAGUCUUGCUGUCUGAAAACGAAACGGCACUCUGCUGUAUUGGAUCUGUCUUGGCCAACGGCAGUAUCGAUAUUGAGCACGUGGGACUGGCCACUUGUGCUUGCUCUCCUGGGCGCUAAUGUUAUAUGAACAUCUUCUAAUGUGCAACAAUGUUGCUGAGGGUACGUAAG